GAGAUAUGACUUGGUAAUUUGCGAUGUCGUGUAAGAAUUUCGAAUAUUUUUUGUGCGCGUUUAUGUAGGAUUCAGAACGCUUUAUAGCGCAGAUUCUGCACAUCAUGGUCUAUAAAGAAGAAGUACUAUCAUGGUUCAAAGAUUUGCCUGGCGCUAAACGCAUAGACUUCAUGUGCAGAUUAGUGCAUUUCUGUGUGCCACUUGAGCUGCGAUUUUUUGGAACAUGCGUCGAAGACCUCGCAAAGCGAGACUUUCAUUACCUCAGGGAUUUAGAAAACAAGUCUAACUCUGCCUCAGAAUUAACUAAACUAACAGAUGUAACGGAUUGUGCUAUGCGAAGUAAGCUCAUAAUUACUCUAACUUUGCUGUACUCGUCGAACUACACGUGUUCAAAUCUACUGUUCAGAACGUUGACCAAUCUCGAAUCCGUGUUGGACAAUCUGCCAAAAAAUGAGAAAGUUGCAAAUGAACUUCAGUUGCUUUUCACUUUGUCAACCAACCACCCUGCUUUCACAUCUGAGCAAAAAAGAGCAUUCAACUUGCUUCUCGAAAAAGUGUGCCGCAUAUAUGGAAGCUUCUUACCAGCAGAACACAAGAAGAAGGUUUUGUCUCACCAUGGAAAGCCAGAGGGGAAGCAGAGGCGAUCUGCAUCGGAAAGCUCAUCCCGAUCGUCCGUCAUGUCCAGCCCAACACGCACGCCUGAGAAAGGUCGCAGUGAGAGCGCGAGCGUGAUCGCGGGAAGGUACAAUGCUAAAGCAAAGUAA